AUGAGGCUUGUCCUCCUGGCAUGUCUCUGGGCUUCCCUCGCAGGAGUCCUGCUGGCAGAUGUAGACACAACCAAACCUGAGGUCCGCUUGGUGGAUGGUGCCAAUCAGUGCUCUGGGAGAGUCGAGGUGCUUCACAACGACGUCUGGGGGACUGUCUGUGAUGACCAGUGGGAUUUACGGGAGGCGAGGGUUGUGUGCCGGCAGCUGGGCUGUGGGACGGCGGUAUCGGCCCCUCGGGAGUCUAAAUACGGGGAAGGGAAAGGCCAAAUCUGGCUGAGCGAUGUGAACUGCAAAGGAACGGAAGCAUCCCUUGCCGAAUGCGAGGCGAAGCCAUGGGGAGAGAACGCCUGCAACCAUGUGGAAGAUGCCAGCGUGGAGUGCUCAGGAACGGAAAUACCCGAGCCAGGGCCAAUCCGGCUGGUGGGAGGCCCGAACCGAUGUGCCGGGAGGGUUGAGGUGCUUCACGAAGAACAGUGGGGCAGUGUAUGCCAUGAUGACUGGGAUCUAAAUGAUGCCCAAGUUGUGUGCAAGCAACUGGGCUGUGGGGAUGCGGUGCUGGCACCCAUCGGAGCCAAAUUUGGACGAGGAUAUGACACCAUCUGGCUGGAUGAUGUGAACUGCACAGGGGUGGAAGCUGCUCUCUCUGAGUGCCCAGCGAGGCCAUGGGGGGACCACAAUUGUUACCAUGGGGAAGAUGCCAGUGCAGUUUGUUCAGACUCGGGGAUCACCGUCUCCACUUCAGUCCGCCUGGUGGGUGGCCCCAACCGCUGCUCUGGGAGAGUCGAAGUGCUUCACAAGGAUGUCUGGGGGACUGUCUGUGAUGAUCAGUGGGAUUUACGGGAGGCAAAGGUUGUGUGCCGGCAGCUGGGCUGUGGGACGGCGCUAUCAGCCCUUCCAGAGUCGAAAUAUGGGGAAGGGAAGGGCAAGAUCUGGCUGAGCAAUGUGAACUGCACUGGGACAGAAGCGUCCCUCACUGAAUGUGAGGCAAAGCCAUGGGGAGACAACAUCUGCAACCAUGUGGAAGAUGCCAGCGUGGAGUGCUCAGAGGUGGACAUUCCUGAGGAGGGGCCGGUCCGUCUUGUGAAUGGCCCAAACAAGUGUGCUGGGAGAGUUGAGGUGCUCCACGAGAACCGGUGGGGCAGUGUGUGUGACGACCACUGGGACAUGAAGGAUGCAAAAGUGGUGUGCAAGCAGGUGGGCUGCGGAUCACCACUGUCGGCUCUGGGAGGUGCCCGCUAUGGGCGAGGGCCGGACAUCAUCUGGCUGGAUGAUGUCGAAUGCAACGGGACAGAAAAGAGCAUCUUUGACUGUCAGUCCAGGCCAUGGGGCGAACACAACUGCUAUCAUGGAGAGGAUGCUGAUGUUGUUUGUGCAGUUAACAAGAACCUGGAGGAGUCAGAAGCACCGUGA